AUGGGCAGCGGCGGAAGUGUCGAGGUCGAGGCUCCACCAGUUCCACCAGUAAGUAAGAUGCAGAAGCUGCCAGCAAACCGCAAAGCAGAGAAGGAUGAGAAGGAUGAUAAGGCUGAAGCCAAACAAUUGCCGGAGAGGCGCUCGGAUCUAGUGGUCGGGGCAACAGCGGCGAUGCAGAAGCCACCGUCAAACUACAAGCGGUUGCAGGAGGGACGCUCAGAUCCGGCGACACCGAAGAUUCAGAAGCCGGAAGCACGCCAAGAGGGAGCAAAGGCCGAUAUCAGGCGAUUGAUCGACAGGCGCUCAUCUCCACCGGUGGCGACGGCCCAAACCAGCUUGAAAGCUGAGACCGAGCGAUUCGAGAUCAAACGGCUGGCCGAGAGACGCUCAAAUCCCUGGGAGGUGAUACCACAGAAGCUGCAGAAGCCGCAGGCAUCCCGGAAUGUGGAGACGACCGACAACAAUGAGCGACUGCCACAGAGAUGGUGCGUUCCGCCACUUGAGACGAUAGCAAGGAUGCAGAAGCCACAAACAGUCAGCGAGGGCGAGAAGGCCAGUAUCAGGCAAUUUCUGGAGAGAGGCUCAUCCCAGCACCAGCAGCCGAACACCGUCCCGACCCAGAAUAUGCAGAAGCCGACGCAAGCAAGCUUCCGGGGAGAUAACUACGAGAUCAGGCCGUUGCCGGAAAGAUGGUCAGAUGCACCAGGAGAUGCGAUGCCGGACAUGCCGCUGUCGCAGGCAACCUUCAGGAGAGAGAGGGUGAGGCGUUUGCCGGAGAGAUUGUCAGACGCAAGGGUGGACACGAUGCCGAUGCCGGACAUGCCGGACGUGCCGAUGCUGCAAGCCACCUUCAGGGGAGAGAGGGCUGAGAUAAGGCAACUGCGGGAAGAACGCCUGUGGGAAGAGCGUCCUCUGAACGUGAAGCGAAGCUUCAACUUGCGUGCUGUGCGCUGCAACUGCGGUUGUUAA